GAUGGGUCGUAUUUGGCGGAAUUGUUGUUGUCGAAAGGCUACCAAGUGCACGGCAUCAUUCGUCGCUCAUCUUCGUUCAACACAGCUCGUAUCGAACAUCUCUAUUCGAAUCCAAUAACUCAUCAACCAGCUGAAAAUUUCAAGUUACACUACGGUGACAUGACCGAUUCCUCAUGUCUUAUCAAAUUAUUUGCUCAAAUACAACCGACUGAAGUGUAUCAUUUGGCUGCACAAAGUCAUGUUAAGGUAUCCUUUGAUCUACCCGAGUAUACUGCUGAAGUAGAUGCAGUUGGGACGUUACGUUUGUUGGACGCGAUUCACGCUUGUGGAUUGACGAAUAAGAUUCGUUUCUAUCAAGCAUCAACAUCCGAAUUGUACGGUAAGGUACAAGAAAUACCACAGAAGGAAACAACUCCCUUCUAUCCUCGGUCACCGUAUGCAUGUGCCAAAUUGUACAGUUAUUGGAUUGUUAUCAACUAUCGUGAAGCGUACGGUAUGUUUGCCUGUAAUGGAAUCCUCUUCAAUCAUGAAAGUCCACGAAGAGGUGAAACGUUUGUGACUCGAAAGAUCACGAGAUCUGUUGCGAAGAUCGCGCUUGGUCAGCAACAGUUCAUCGAACUGGGCAAUUUAAGUUCGAAACGUGAUUGGGGACAUGCGAAAGAAUAUGUCGAGGCUAUGUGGCGUAUUCUACAGUACGACCAUGCUGACGAUUUUGUUAUCGCCACUGGUAAAACGUAUACAGUACGGGAAUUUGUACAGUUGGCCUUUAAAGAGAUUGGCAAGACUAUUGUCUGGGAAGGUGAAGGUGUCGAUGAAGUGGGUAAAGAAAGCGAUACUGGUAUCGUACGAGUUAAGGUCAAUCCAAAAUACUAUCGACCAACUGAGGUGGAACUUUUGAUUGGAGAUCCAACGAAAGCAAAACAGAAAUUGCAAUGGGAAGCAAAAAUUGGCCUCAACGAACUCGUUAAAGAAAUGGUAGCAAGUGAUCUUCAACUGAUGAAGGCCAAUCCAAUGGCUUAA